CUGCAAGAUUUAAAAAUGGUUCCUUUCAUUUCCAUAUUCAAAAAAACACUCAAAUAAAGCAAAAGAAAAAACACCCAAAGUUCCUCUUUGUGCUCUGCAGCUAUGGGCACAGAAUUCACCUUUACCUUUUGUUUUUCAAGAGAAAAAGAUAAUAAUAAAAAAUCCUCGUUUUGUCUAAAAAUCCGUACUUUCUCUGGGUUUCUUUUAUAAUCAUUUUUCCUCGUAUUGUUUUGCAGUAAUGUUUCAAGCUUUGUCUGGAAAAAACAUGGCCAUGGGUGGUCUUAAAAGAGUAGAAACAAUAAACAGCAAAGGUUGUUCAAGGUUAUUUGUUGGGUUCUCAUCUUCAAUCCCAUCAUUUAGAACCUUCCAAUCGUUUGAUCUUAUGUCCCCUUCUCCUACCACCUCUCAUGGCUCUGAAUUGUCAACAAUGGUUCGAUCCCUUGGUCCACUUUCCGGUCUGGUUAUUUGUGUAACCGGUUUAUCUAAAGAAGCAAAGAAACAAGUUAUGGAAGCAACAGAGAGAUUAGGGGGACAAUACAGUACUAGCUUACAUCCUCAAUGUACACAUUUGGUGGUUCAAAGCAUUAGUGGAAGUAAGUUCGAGCAUGUUUUAAAACACAGAUCGAGAAACGGUUUGUUCGUUGUUACGAUUGGGUGGUUCGUCGAUAGUGUUAAGAGCAACAUAAGGUUAAGUGAAUCAGUGUAUACCGUGAAGGGUAUCGGAGAAUGUAGCCCGCGUGUAGAUGAGUUGAACCUGCACGUCGGGUCAACGGAUAGUUCGUGUCUUCCUUCCGGUUUUCAUGAAACCAAGAAAAUCAAGACGAUAAAGAAACUACAACUACGAUCUUCUGAUGGAAUCUCUGAUAAAUACAUGGACUCGACACUAUCGGGUCAUACUCUGUACAUUGAUUCUAAUAUUUCGGGUGAACUAUGGAAUAAGGUUCUCGAGGUCGUGUCUAAAGAAGGGGCUGCAACCAUAGAUCGAUGGUUUGUUGGUUGCGGUGUGAGUCUCGUAGUGUGCGAGGAGAGUUCUGUCCAUCAAUAUAUCGGACACUCAAGCAACGUUGUAACGCCAUUGUGGGUACUGAAAACAGCUAAGGAUAGGAACCUGCUGAGGCUUGUUCGUGUGUCGGUCGAUUUGGCUAGGCAGAUUGGGACAGUGCUCGAAACUUCCCGGAAUCACAACGCGGCUAAGUUCAUGCAAAAUACCGAGAGCUUGAAAAGGAAUGCAACUCAUGAAGAGAGGCAACAGAUUGUACAUUUAGCUAAAACCAGGAUUCAGAAUCGUCGCAAUUGUCAUAUGCAGACAUGUCAAACUCCGAUCCAUCCAAUAAGCCCGAGCACUCUUCUAGAUUCAAUUUGUUGGUCGAUAUCCAAACCAACUUCAAGUGCUCGUAUUUACACUGAAUCUUUUAGUGGUGACGAGGAUAGUGAUCAUCGAUCCAUAUUCUUUGAUGCAAACGGUGAUGGCAAGAAUUCAGGGGGCUCGUUUAUGGACUUAACCCGGUUGCUUACAGAAAGUGAGAAAAAUGAGUUGAUACUAGAAAACCAGUUUCUUACCAUACUAUUUCCGGUCGAUCGAUUUUUGGAGAUGGGGCCUUCUUCAAGGACAUAUUUCGGCCGUAAUGGCUUUACAUGCUUGCAGGUUCUGGAUUAUAUCUACGAGUUUUAUCAGGAAAACAUGUCAGCUCACGAAAUUGAGUCUGCUAUUCACACGGAUUCGAGGCAUGCUGACCGGCUUCGAGCGGCAUACUCGAGCAAAGAGACAGUUGAAUGUGGAUAUGUGAUUUUCAAACGAAUUGAUUUCUUAGGAAGCCGUAAAAGCUUCGAAAUGUUGAAACGUGUUAGUUGUGAUAAUAACAGUAUUGUAUACGAGCUCUUACUUAGAGCCUAAAACGUCUUACGUUCAGAUUCGAUAUUUGGAUAAUUCCAGGUCUAGAUCGUGUUCUAAGAUCAAA